UGCGGGGAGUGGCGACCGGUGGUGGUUUCCCUCCUUCGCGCGGGGUGGGGAGCGGGCGACGCCCCCCGGACCCCUGAAGGGUCGUGGCUUUUUUUUUUGUAGGGCGAUUCUCGAGGUUUUUAGCUCUGGGAGAGUGCCUCCUCCUCUCACCGCUCCCCUCUACUCCCUCAGGACUCGAUUUUGUUUAAAAUUUUUCUUUAAUCUUGUGGUGGCUUGGGUCACCCUCCGGGUGUCUUGGCUUUUUUUUUUUAUUUUUGGUUUUGUUUUGAUUUUGUUUUCUCAGGGUUCCCCCCUCUUGUUUGUGUUGUGUGUGGAAAUGGCGAACUCGGCAAAUACAAACACCGUGCCUAAAUUAUAUAGAUCUGUGAUUGAAGAUGUUAUUAAUGAUGUGAGAGAUAUCUUUUUGGAUGAUGGAGUGGAUGAACAAGUCCUGAUGGAACUAAAAACUUUAUGGGAGAAUAAGCUAAUGCAGUCUAGGGCAGUAGAUGGACUUCAUUCAGAAGAGCAGCAGCUUUUAUUGCAAGUUCAGCAGCAGCAUCAACCCCAGCAGCAGCAGCAUCACCAUCACCACCACCAUCAGCAAGCUCAACCACAACAGACUGUACCGCAGCAAGCUCAGACCCAGCAGGUCCUUAUUCCUGCACCCCAGCAAGCACCACAAGUUAUUGUUCCUGAUUCUAAGUUGAUACAACAUAUGAAUGCAUCAAACAUGAGUGCUGCUGCCACAGCUGCUACCUUGGCACUCCCUGCAGGUGUGACUCCUGUUCAACAGAUAUUAACAAAUUCAGGCCAGCUUCUUCAGGUGGUCAGAGCAGCCAAUGGUGCCCAGUAUAUCUUUCAACCUCAGCAGUCAGUGGUUCUACAACAACAGGUUAUACCACAAAUGCAGCCUGGUGGAGUUCAAGCUCCUGUUAUACAACAGGUACUGGCCCCUCUUCCUGGAGGGAUUUCACCACAAGCAGGUGUCAUCAUCCAGCCUCAGCAAAUCUUAUUUACAGGAAAUAAGACUCAAGUUAUACCUACAACUGUGGCAGCACCUACAGCAGCACAAGCGCAGAUAACUGCAACUGGUCAACAGCAGUCACAGGCCCAGCCUGCUCAAUCACAAGCUCCAUUAGUGUUACAAGUUGAUGGAACUGGGGAUACGUCGUCUGAAGAAGAUGAAGACGAAGAAGAAGAUUAUGAUGAUGAUGAAGAGGAAGACAAAGAGAAAGAUGGAGCUGAAGAUGGGCAGGUGGAAGAAGAGCCCCUCAAUAGUGAAGAUGAUGUGAGUGAUGAGGAAGGGCAGGAACUCUUUGACACAGAAAAUGUUGUCGUAUGCCAGUAUGAUAAGAUACACAGAAGUAAAAACAAAUGGAAAUUUCAUCUCAAGGAUGGCAUUAUGAAUCUUAAUGGAAGAGAUUAUAUAUUUUCCAAAGCCAUUGGAGAUGCAGAAUGGUGAAGAGUUGCUUCUUUUCUUUUAUAAAUAAAACAAAACAAACUUAAAAAAAUUUUUUUAAGUGGACAGUUUGAAACUUGGGACAUACACCAACCAAAACUUAAUUUCUGCAUGUCAAAAAAGUGCAGUAGAAGCAAAGCUACUGGAACAAAGAUAGACCUUGACAACAUAGACACUACUUCUAACUGGCAAGCCAUGGAACUGUAGCACCUGGGGUUGUUGAGGGGGGAGGGCUGGGUUUUUGUGUAGGAAAACCAUAAUUGUCAAUUUUAAAUACAGGUACCUGCCACCAAUACUUAGCAUGUAAAGCUUUGUCUAUAUUCCUUCCUCCAACUUGGGUUAAAUCAGAAGAUACUUGUUGGAAUGAACUGAAGAAACUUCCCUUUUGAUAGAUUGAAAUUGCUUAUUGCGUGUGGUUAUAAUUGGUAAAAGUUGUGUGAGCUUUUUACAAAAGGGUAAGAAUUAUGGUGUUGAAUUUUAAUUCACUUGUGUAAGGAAACAAUUUAAAACUCUCAUAGUAUGUCUUAAAUAUUUUUACUUGCUGUUCUUCCUCAGUAACAUUUACCUCUUCCUUCCCUGCUCUGUGAAACAUCUAUUUAAGAGUUAAAGGUGAUCAAACUUAGUUUGGAGGCAAAACUUGACCCAGGAAUGAAUAUUUCUUUUAAUUAGGUUUUCAUACUUAGUAAAUGUAAUUCAAAGACUUGGGUCUUGCCUGAGUUAAGUGGAAUGAAAAUGACAACUUAAAUUUUCUUACUGUAUUGUUUCUUUUAGUCUCAUACCUUAUAAGAAACCCCAGUUGGCUCCUCAGGAAUACGGUUUUAUUUCACAAAGGUAGCAUCUAGCUGAAAUUGUAUACAAAUAAGUAGAUGUAGAGUUUUCUUGUUAGGGCUGAAGCUAAACAUUCAGAUAACAUUUUGAAGCAUUGAUUGAAAGAAACAUAGGGCAGGCAGUGAGGACCUGGAUUUUUAUGAAACAAUUUAGUAAUUAUAAAAGUUUCUUGUGUUUGUUAGUAAAGAAUUGAAAAAGCCUAUUAUUCUAAUUGAACAAAUUUUUUAAAAAGCAACUUUGUAAUUUGAGGGGAAAAUUUUGAGGGUGGAGGGAGGUGUAGGUCACUAAGUACAAAUUUACCUCUAUUUCAUUUGGUGGCCCUUUUAGGUCAUUGAUAAUAUAAACAUGGGCUCUGGUUUGCACAUCUGGAAGAAAGGAUAGAAACUUGACUUGUAUAUUAAAAAUAACAUUUAAUAUGUACAUUAAGAAUUACAUAAUAUUAUGUAAGGGGCUCCAAAGAACAAUGUGGCAAUGCUGUGUUCGUUGUGUGAACUAGCUGCCUGGAAGAAUUGCAGGAACACUUGUCUUCACCUUUGUGUUCUUAGAACUAAUUCAACUUUUCGUGGUUUAUCUUGAAAAAAUUCACUUGUUUUAAGUUACUUGUCUAUGGAUUUUUUUUAGUCUUCCAUUUUUGUCUUCAGAUUAUUUGCCUUUGUGUGUUUCUAGAAGUAACACACAAACACUUUAAAGUACAUUGCAAAGGAGAAAACUGUGAGCUACUACAUAGUGUUUUUUCUUCUUCAUUUUUUUUAGCACAAAUCUUUAAACUUCUCAAAAAGCCUAAUGAAUUUUUUCCCUACUUCUUUCCCACUUACCAACUUGGCUCCUUUAACUUAUCUUCUCUACUUUGGUGUAAAUGGUGGUUUCUAGCAUGCUAGUAGUUAAGUUUUCUUUAGAUGCCAUGAUUGGGAGUAUGGUUUUUAUUCUGACUAUAUUAAUUUAGUUUUUUUGGGGGGAGGGGGGAGAUUUAUUUGUUGACCCCACUACUCUCAAAAGCACAUCUUUUUUAAAUUAAUGAAACAGGGAGGAGAAGGAGAAGAAGGAAAAGGGUGAAAUAACAGAAAUCCUGUUGUUCAGUUGUCUUUAGUAAAAUUGCUAGUAGGUUUAUAUUUACCCAAUAAAGAAGUCAACAACCUGAACUACCUAUAAAAGUUUCGCGGUGCUGCAGUAUUGAUUAAGUGAAAACUUUUGGCUAUCUAGUAGUUCUUACGCUACUGAAAAUUGGAUUGCUGUAUGAUAUUCAGAUCCUGUCAUGGGCCUUCUAUAUAGACAAACAUUUGUAUUCAUAGUAACAUUGUAUACUGGCCAGUUUUUAUAACUUGUUUUCAAACAUGAACAACCACAGCUUUCAGAAUGAUUCACUAGGGUUAUUUUAAAGCAGGAAGUAACCAUUUGUAUUUGCACCUGUGUAUUGCAUAUUAAUUUGGCAUGCUUGGCAAAUGCUUUUCUUUUACCUGUGAAAAUUCUGAAAGCUGGUCCAAACAAUACUGCAUACCAAAAUGUGCUUUUAUAUACUACCGCAUCGUGUUCCUUUUUAAUCAAAUAGCAUGUUUUAGUUUUAUUAUAGUGGCUUGAUGUAAGAAUGUCACUUGCUUAUCUUUUAUUGUACUUGAAUUUUUAAUCAUGCUUUUAACAUUGUAUUUAGCAAAUCAUUUCAUUAGGUUCCGUAAAUAUGUCAUUCCUUUGAAAAAGCAAAGGAUUCCCACUUUCUACAAUUUUAAAAUGAAAGUAACAUGUUUAUCCAAAGGAGGAAAACAGUUCAGACUUGUAUUAUGGAAAUGACUAAAGGUUGCAGAAAAGGAUAAGUUUAGAUUUGCACAGAUGGUGAUGGCACCUUUUACAUUAAAAAAGAAAAAAAGAUUAACAUUAAUCAGCAGUGCUAAGGAAAAUUUACCCAAAAUUGCUAGAUAAAAUGUGGAAAUGUGUGCCUUUCAGUAUAUAUACUCUUGCUUGUUCAUUGGGAUAUCCAGAUCACUUGAAUGCCUGAGAGCACAUUUAAUUUCUAUGGAGUACCACAUACGGCUCAAAACAACUCUUUAAUGUGCAAUUAGUUUCUAGAAUAAAAUGUCUGUUAUAUGAGGGGGAUCUUUAUAUUGGGCUUUUAUUUUUUUUUUAAUGUUCACAUUUCUUUUUGUUGAUUAAAUGCCACCAUAAUAUCAUAUUUACAUUGUUGCCGCUUUUAAAAUCAAAGCCACCUUGAUGUUAUUCUAGGAAUACAUCAUGAUUUGAGUAGUAUGUGUAGUGAUUAAAAUGUGUUCUUGAAGAGCAUAUUUCUAAUAGAUUCUGGUUUUAGAAAACAAGAACAAUAAAAUAUAAUAGCUUUUAUAUGAAUUUCUUUUGCUAUAGUGAAAAUCAAGAAUUUUGUUUUUUUUUUUUUUUACUGGCUUUUAUGUGGGAAUGAAAAGGGUUGUCUCCCUCUAAGAGUAACUUCUUCUUAUCUCAUAGCAAUAAUGUCACCAUUCUUUUCAUAAGGAAAUACACCUUAUAUAGGAAAGCAGACAAAAAUUUCCUCUUGGGAAUUCCCUUUAUAAUUUAGCAGUUUCUUCCACUUAAGAAAAUUCCUAUAUUUUCAGAUUAUUUCAUCUUGAAAUUUUUGAGCUUUUGUGCAAUGUAAUAUUUUAUUGAUCUGUCUUUGUAUAUUUUCAUUUUAUUUCAUGUGUGUCUCCCACCUACCUAUCUGAAUCAGCCAUUUCAGAUUUUAAAUUCAGUAGUUAAAACUAAUUGUUCCAUGUAGUUUCUCAUGGGUUUAUGUUGAAUAACUUUGCAUUGUAAUCCACUAUUAAUGCUAUGGAAAUUACUCUAUAUUCUUCCCUUUGUAAGCCUGCCUUAGUCUGUCUUUUGUCAUUUUCUGUGGUUUAAGGAAGAACACACCAAACUUAUAUUUUCAUUUCAAAUAAAUUAUUUCUUCUCUUCUAAGGGAAGAAAUAGAUUGAAUUCGUAACUACUCUUGCAGUCAACGUUCCUUAAAUUAGUCCAGUAUGCAUCAGGGCUACAAUUAUGGGAGAGGGGCUAAUCCUUUUGCUGUUCGGAGCUACUAUUGUCAACUGCUGUUGUACAUACUGUUAUGUGUAAGGGCGUAAAUAUAUUUAUUAUGUUUGUAAAAUUCAUUCUGUACAAUUGCAGAUCAAGUUUGCUCUUCUGUGAUAUACAGGAUAUUAUGUUUUAAAGACCAUCCUUGGGAUACAAUUAGAGAACUUAGUAUUUUGAUGUACUAAGACCUAUUUUAAGUUUAAUAUUUUACCUUUGCAAAAACUUUAAUUAAAGAUGUUAUUUAA